AUGAUGAACACUGACAUUGAUGUUGAUGCUGAAAAUCAGAUGGAACUGGAGGAAAAAUCACGACUUAUUAAUCAAGUGCUGAAACUCCAACACACACUUGAAGAUCUCUCAGCAAGAGUAGAUACAGUUAAGGAAGAAAACCUAAAGCUAAAAUCAGAAAACCAAGUUCUUGGACAAUAUAUAGAAAACCUCAUGUCUGCUUCUAGUUUUUUCCAAAAAACUGAUGCAAAAAGCAAAAGAAAGUAA